GAAGUGCGCCAAAGGAGACGCGCCUGGCAACACUACGGCACCGAUCACCGAGCGAGCACCACCUCCGGUCAGAAACGUUUUCACACAUCGGUGUCAGGUAGGUCGCAGCUCCGUGUCCGUGUGUUUAAUAUCACCAUCACGUCUUUAUUUCCCCGCGCUGUCGCGGCAGUAUCAGCUCUCCCUCAGACAGCUGGAUGCGGUAACUGAGACGCCUCUGGAUAAGAACGCUACUGAUGUAAAAGGGCCUCAUCAGGACGAUAUGGGACGGAUGAUUGGCACUGAAGAUAUGUCACAUCCUCUCAUGGAAAACUCUGAAGACUUGAAAGGAUGAACGAAUGAAUAGAUGGAUAAAUAAAUGAAGAGCUGGACACCGCCAGAGUGCACGAUGCAUUUCACCUCCCUAUGAACUGAUUCUGAAAGAGCUGAGCCAUCUACCUUCAGUGCAUCAUCCACAUAGAAACAUGGACACCUUUAUUGGAGGCUUUUUGACUCAACAUGUCCAGGAGCUAUGAGCCCCACUCCCCGCUGACCAUGAAAAUAGCAACAGUGUACAUACCAAAAUAUCCCGAGCUUCCCCUGAAAAGGCAGUUUUGAGUAAAUCCUGGUCAGUCAGUAGGGAUGUUGGCCGCCGUGGAACAUGGUCCCAUCCUCUGCAGCGACUCCAACAUCCUCUGCCUCUCGUGGAAGGGCCGCAUCCCCAAGAGUGAGAAGGACAAGCCGGUGUGCCGGAGACGCUACUACGAGGAGGGCUGGCUCGCCACGGGGAACGCCAGAGGGGUUGUCGGGGUGACAUUUACAUCAAGUCACUGCAGGAGGGACAGAAGUACACCACAGAGAAUCAACUUUAACUUGAGAGGACACAACAGUGAGGUUGUCUUGGUACGCUGGAAUGAACCCUUUCAGAAGUUGGCCACCUGCGAUAUGGAAGGAGGUAUUUUUGUUUGGAUCCAGUAUGAAGGAAGAUGGUCUGUGGAGCUGGUGAAUGACAGAGGAGCCCAGGUCAGUGACUUCACUUGGUCACAUGACGGCACUCAAGCCCUGAUUGCGUACAGGGACGGCUUUGUGUUAGUGGGCUCGGUCAGCGGUCAGCGCCACUGGUCAUCUGAGAUCAAUCUGGAGAGUCAAAUCACCUGUGGCAUCUGGACACCUGAUGAUCAGCAGGUCUUGUUUGGAACAGCAGAUGGACAGGUAAUAGUGAUGGACUGCCAUGGACGGAUGCUUGCUCACGUGCUGCUGCACGAGUCUGAUGGGAUUGUGAGCAUGUCCUGGAAUUGUCCUGAUUUCCUGGUUGAGGACAGCAUGGAGAGCGAUACGGACUCGGAUGACAACAUUCUGCCUUUAGUGCGGAGAGUCAAGCCUUUGCUGACAGUGACCUUCUUAUCAGGAGAUAUCAGUUUGAUGAACAACUAUGACGACCUCUCUCCUGCUAUAAUUCGUUCAGGUCUAAAAGAUGUAGAAGCUCAGUGGUGCUCCCAGGGAGACCUUUUGGCCGUGGCCGGCAUGGAGAGACACGGACUCUCUGCUGAGACUGCCUGUGCAUCCAUCAUGAGGAACGCUCUUGUUAAGUUCUAUAAUGUACAAGGAGAACACAUAUACACUCUGGAAACACCUGCACAGAGACCGAUCACCAACAUCUGCUGGGGUCACAGAGACUCUCGCCUGUUCCUGUCGUGUGGACCGGCGCUCUACGUGGUCCGUGUAGAGCACAGAGUGGCUAGCCUCCAGCUCCUAUGCCAGCAAGGGAUCGCCAGUGCCCUGCGAGAGGAGAAAGAUGUGGGGAAACUAAAUAUGCCCUCGCUGCUCUGCUCUUAUGUCACCACUGCGUUCAUACCCACCAUCAAGCCCCCGAUUCCUGACCCCAACAACAUCCGUGACUUCGUCAGCUAUCCCACAUCUGGGAAUGAGAGGCUCCACUGCACCAUGAAGCGAGCAGAGGAUAGUCCGGAGGUGGGCGGACCCUGCUACACCCUGUACCUUGAAUACUUAGGGGGGCUGGUGCCCAUUCUCAAAGGAAGGCGCAUCAGUAAACUCAGACCUGAGUUUGUCAUUAUGGAUCCAAAAACCGACGGCAAGCCAGAGGAAGUGUGUGUGAACUCCAUGAUCUCAUACACUGACAGCUGUAACUGCUCAGACUCCAGCGACAUUGACCUCAGUGAUGAGUGGGUCGGGAAGAAAUCUCCAAAGUUAUCCCGAAGAAACAGGUUAAACAUGGAGUCAAGAAAAUCCCCCAAGCUUUCACGAGCCAAUCAGGAAGGUCAGCGGUCGCCACGGUUACCGACAAAGAAGCCUCCAGUUCGGUCGCCUAGUCUGACACGAAGAGAGUUCACGAUGGACAUCUCAGAGCACAAUUAUCUUGCACAAGUCACAUCCAACAUUUGGGGAACAAAGUUUAAAAUCGUUGGACUUGCCUCUUUUCUUCCUACCAACCUCGGUGCAGUCAUCUACAAGACCAGUUUGCUUCACCUGCAACCGAGACAAAUGACGAUCUACCUCCCAGAGGUGCGAAAGAUUUCUCAUGACUUUAUGAGCCUGCCCGUGUUCAACCCUAAUGUGUUCAGUGAGGAUGAGGAUGAUUUGCCUGUUAUGGGACCAUCUGGGGUAGCCGGAGACAACCCACCCUGUACGGUCAACAUUCCCAUCGCUCCCAUUCAUAGCCCGGCUCAAGCUAUGUCUCCAACUCAGAGCAUCGGCCUGGUUCAGUCUCUCCUGGCCAAUCAGAAUAUUCAGCUUGAUGUCCUGACGAACCCAACAGCCACAGCUGUAGCAGCCGCGGCAGCCUCAGUUCCUGUCACUGAUCAUAGCCAAGAUGCCGUUGCAUCACCAUACCCGGUGCCAGCCAGAUACUCAAAUCCUAGUCAGGGGAUCUUCAGUGGGUUAGAGAUGGGUCCUCUUCUCCCCGGUACACUUCCACCCCCACCACCACCUCACCACCUCCCCCCUCAGCCUCACUCUCAGAGGUCUCACUCUCAGCAGCCUCGCCAGCAGUCGUCCAAACAGUCACAGCAACUGCAUGCACCGCAGCAGCAGCAGCAGAAAAUGCAUCAGCACCAACUGCAGCAGCAGCAACACCACCACCACCAGUCCUCCCAGCCACAGCAACCACAACAACACCAACAACUACACCAGCUGCACCACCAGCAGACGCUACAUCGUCAGCAGCAGCAGGUGCAGCAGCAGCACCAACAAAUGCAACAAGCCCCAACGCCAGUGUCAAGCCAUCAGCUUCAGCAGCAGCAGCAUAUCCAACAACAGCAGCAGCAGAUGCAGCUGCAGCAGGAGCAGAUGCAGCAGCAGCAGCAGCAGAUGCAACAGCAGCAGCAGCAAAUCCGACAGCAGAUCCAGGAGAUGAGGCAGCAGCAGCAGCAGCUCCAGCAGCAGCAUCAGCAGAUCCAACAGCAACACCAACAGAUGCAAAGGCAACACCAACAGAUGCAGCAGCAACUCAAGAUGCAGAUGUCUUUGCCCCCACCCCCAACAAGCUAUCCCACUAUAUCUCUGCAGCAGAUCCAUCUUCUGCCACAGAUUCCUCCUCCUGCAACUGAACCUGCACUUGAAAGAGGGGACCAUGGACACACGCUGAAGCCAAGUCUUCCGCGGACUCUGCCCCCAUCAUUCAGUGACACUGAUGGACCUGUGGAGAUCCAAAUGAGAAAGGUGAAUCCUCCUCCUCCUUACCCGGGGACUGUCGUGUCUGCUGCAGCAGCUUCAGCGGCCGCACCUCCUCAAACGUUCAUCACAAACUGCGACAGCCCAAGCGUUUUGGCGCCUGACCCCUGCCUGAAGAAAGACGAGUUCUUGCUUCAUCCUGUCACUUUACAAUAUCCAACACCUCUCGGUUAUGAACGGAUCACAACCUUUGACAGCAGUGGGAAUGUGGAGGAGGUCUGCAGGCCUCGCAGGCGACACAUUCGUAAUCAGAAUGCGUAUGCCGUUCAUACCAUCAGUGGCUCUGCCACACUGAAAGUCACAUCCACAGACAGCAAAAAAAUUCAGCUUCCGUAUACCUCAGCAACAUUAAGUCGUCUGUCUGUUCCUCGGUAUUCUAUACCAAGUGGAGACCCUCCUCCUUACCCUGAUCCAGCCAAUCAGGUGACUGCUACACUUCCUCCUCCUCCUCCUCAAAGAAUUGACAGCAGUCUGAUUCAUGCCACGCUACGUCGGGACCGCAGAGAUGUGGGACUCAAAGUGCCACAGAUGAUGGAAAACUCGAGAACUCUUCCCACCAAGGCUAAAAUGAACAGCGCACUGUCGCUUUCCUACCAGCAGAGGGUGCCCACGGCAUUGUACACAUGCACACAGUGCAGCAGCAACAGCAGCAGCACCAGUGUCAGUGUGAGCGGAGGUGGAACUGCAAGCAGUGGCAUUGCAGGUGGCACAGUGGUGAGACAAGACUUCCCACCUGAGAAAGGUGCACACCACAGCACCAUUAUAGUGCACUCCAAAAGUGCCUCGCCCAUGGCCUCUCAGUCAUCUUACAGUCUACUGGGCGCUGUAGAUAACAGCCGAGACAGAAGGGUGUAUGUGAACUCUGCCUUCACAGAGGAUGAGACUCUAAAUCAGCAAUGUCACCUUGAAAAAUCUGCUCGUCAGUUGACUCUGGGUGAUGGCAGUUUGACGGUUAAACACCCUCCGCCUUACCAGUGGGACACCUCCACCACAGAGGACUUCUGGCUGACUCCAGAACAAACGAUCAUAGCUCCCCCACCAGGAAAUCCUAAACCACCUCCGCUCAUUAUCAGCCAGGCUCAGCACUUGGACAUGACUCGGCUUCCGUUUGUCCUCACAACAAAGCCUCCAACCAGCCUGAACACGAGCACUCUCACUUUCCCAUCAGGCUACCAGAUAUCCCUGUCACCUUUCCCUCCAAGCGUGGGCCACGGCGGACCUCCACUCCAGACUCCUCCACCUCCAAAUGAAGCGGUUCCUCCAGUACCUUUUGCUCAGCAGGACCCGAUGAUGGUUUUGCCACCAGGCUAUCCUCCUAAUCUAGCUAACUUGGCCUGCUGUCCCCUCCCUCCGCUGUAUCCAGGAGCUGCUUCCUGUGCUGGACUCCAGCUGCACCCAGUUAGCUUACAUCCCUGGAACCCUUACCCCUGCCCCCCACCCAUGCAAGAUCCUCCAGCACCUCCUCUGCCAACCAAAACUCACCAGAUAUUAGAGAAACCAAUACUCUCCCCACCUCCCCCUACUGUUCCACCUCCACCACCUCCUUUACCCCCUCCCCCUCCACCCACUGAGCUGCCACCAUCAAAAAGUGCCACAGAAGAUCUUGCAGGGUCUGCCAACAACUUUCCAGAGCUGUCGUCCCUGAAUGAAAGCCCAAACCCACAGGAGUCAGAGCGCUUCAGCAAGAAGAGCCGCAAACGACUGGACAGCAGGGCCGAGGAGGCCAACAUGUCCACAGUUUCAGAGAGCAGAUCGAAAAAGGAAGGCAGAGCACUCUCUGACUUCAAUAGUCUCAUUUCCAGCCCAAGGCUCAGCAGCAGGGAGAAAAAGAAGCCCAAGGGGCAGAGAGAGCAACUGAAUAAAACCAAGAAAAUGAGCAGGACAACCAACGAGUUCCAGGAUAGCUCCGAAAGUGAACCAGAGCUGUUUAUCAGUGGAGACGAACUCAUGAACCAGAACCAGAGCAGUAAGAAGACCUGGAAGAACAAGAGGAGCAUGCGGAUGGCAAGUGAGCUGGAGGAGAUAAAGUGCCGCAAGGCAAACGAGAGAGAGGACCGCAGCUUAGGCAGCCAGGGAUUUGUCUACGUCAUGGCCAAUAAACAGCCGCUGUGGAACGAGGCCACUCAGGUCUAUCAGCUGGACUUUGGAGGUCGAGUUACUCAGGAGUCAGCAAAAAAUUUUCAGAUCGAGCUGGACGGUCGGCAGGUGAUGCAGUUUGGCCGAAUAGACGGGAAUGCGUACAUCCUGGAUUUCCAGUAUCCUUUCUCAGCGGUGCAGGCUUUUGCCGUCGCCUUGGCCAAUGUGACCCAGAGGCUCAAAUGAUGAGAUUGUCCAGUGUUGUUCAUUUAGCAUUCUGAUGUGUGAGACUACAGUAGAGUAAAUGUCUGUUUUUUCCCCCCAUUAUUAUAUUCUAUUGAUUUUUUUAUUGAGGAAAUCCAU